AUGGCGGUCACCGAAUCCCCGGCCGGGGAGAUCCAAUGACAGUCCGAGACAAGAGAAGACGCAUUUUGUGGCCCUGGUCAUCGCUGGUGGACGUCAGCGUCGUCAACGGUAACUAGAUGAAGUUCAAUACGCACCAAGUCUUGCUUCCAUAGCCUUCGUCCCCGAACACUCACUUCGAUGGGUCCUGAAAGAGAACAAAACCAUAUACUAUACUGCGGCCGUGCAGGGCGAUCCAUGACAUGCAGCUCCUGCCCGAGACGGUUACCGAAUCCCCGGCCGGGGGGAUCCAACGACAGUCCGGAACAAGAGAAGACACAUUUCAUGGUCCUACUCAUGGCGUCGGUAUCGUCACAGUUGAUCAAAUGGGCGAGAGACGCACCAGUCCGAUUGAAAAUCCACCCAACACCUCCGCGCUAAAGAAUGGAAAAAGAUACUAUACCAUAAGCAGUCGAGGCGAAACUUGGACGACUCUUGCCAGCGACCGUUACGGAACCCGAGGCCGGGGAUAUUGAUCGACAGUCCGAGAGAAAAGAAGACGCAUUCCGCCGCCCUGCCCAUCGUCGUCAGUAUCCCGGUCCGUCAGCAGUUCUUAGUAACAUAGAGAGCGCACCAGGACAUUCUUGCUGUGAUUGAAUGAUGGCACGAACACACUGACGACCCAUCGUCGAACAGAGCCGGUUUGGAUGGGCUUGACGCGGAUU